AUGACUUUUAUGGGCCUGGUUGGUUCAUCUUUGGCCACGGCUCGAAUUUGCAUGAUCCUCAUUCCAGCCUUCCUCCUAUUCGGCUACAACCAGUCCAACCUAGGGGGCGUGCUGGAUUAUCCCUCCUUCACCCGGAACUUCCCCAGCAUCGAUACGAGCAACACCAAGGGAGCAGUCAAAGACCACAAUGCCACUGUCCAAGCCCUAUCCACAUUCAGUUACUUACCAACCGCGUCUUCUCUAGGCACUAUCGUCGCUGUCUACACCCUCGGCUGUCUUGUUGGCUCCCUGGGGGUCACUCAACUCGGCAACCGGAUCGGUCGUCGCAAAUCCCUCAUCGUGUCAGCAGUUGUAGCUACAGUGGGCCUGGUCAUACAAGCUUCAUCAUACAGCCUGGGCCAACUCGUUGUUGGUCGGCUCGUCUCUGGCGCAGGUAAUGGCGGCGUCAAUGCGAUCGUCCCCGUCUGGCAGAGCGAGUGCACCCAGCCGAAAAGCCGCGGCAAGAACGUGGUCAUCGUCGGUGUGUUUAUUGCCAGUGGUAUAGCGGCGGCCGGCUGGGUUAAUGUAGGGCUUUCCUAUCUGGAAGAAAGCGAGGUGGCAUGGCGUCUGCCUCUGGCCAUACCAAUCCUCUUCACGCUCCCACUCAUGACUCUGACCAUGACCUUUCCCGAGUCACCUCGAUGGCUCAUCAGCAACGGGCGCAGGGAGGAAGCUCAUGCUGCCAUAUGGGCGCUCACCGGGCGCGAGGAGUCCACUGCUGAGAUGCAAGAGUUGGAACGCGUCCUACAACAAACGCCCACCCAGGAACGGGGUUUCAUGGAUCUGCUCAUACCAGGACCCCAACGUCUCUUUUACAGGCUCUGUCUCGCUGUCGGUAUCAACUUCUGUGCUCAGAUGACCGGCGCUAAUGUCAUCUCCUACUACGGCAAGACCAUUUUCCGCGACUCCCUGGGCCUCUCGGGUGACAAGGCAUCGCUCCUCAACGCGGGCGUCCUGACCUGGAAGAUCUUCGCUGCGAUAUCGGCAUACUUAUCCGUUGAUCGCUUUGGCCGCAAGCCCCUCUUUAUCACCGCCUGUCUAGGGAUGGGUCUCUCCAUGGCUGGUCUGGCUGGGACCGUCUGGGCGAUCGAGAACCGACCGGGAUCUACGCUCGGCGCAUCUGUCGCAGCGACCUUCUUCCUCUUCCUGUUCAUGACCUUCUUCCCCCUUGGCUUCCUAGGCGCAAACUUCCUCCUCGGUAGUGAGAUUGCACCACAGGAUCUGCGUGUGCAUCUUGCCGCUGUCGGCACGGCAGCGCAUUGGCUUUUCAACUUUGUGAUCGCAGAAAUCACCCCCGUUGCCUUCACAACGAUCAAGUACCGGUACUAUAUUGUUUAUGCAGUAAUCGGCGUCUCCGCCUCGAUCAUGGUAUACUUCUUUUGCCCAGAGACAAAAGGUCGCUCCCUAGAAGAGAUGGAUAGUCUCUUCUCUGAGCCCGAGGCAUGGUGGAAGGUGACUGCCUGCGCGCGCAUAAAUAGGCAUGGGGAUGGAAACAGAAAUAUGAAUAAGGAGUUGGUAUUAGUUGGCAACGAGAAGCAUGAUGUCGAACAGUUUGAGACGGUUGCACGUUAG